CCGUGAUCUGUGUAAAAUGCGCACGAAUUUGCAUUGGUUCUCCAGUCUUGCCUGACUGGCUCAAGAAAAAAGGAACAGCAAAAACACAACUGUCUGGCAUAAUUUUGAAGAACAGCUAUACUUUGUUUUAUGUGCAUCCACAGUCAUGCAGGCAAUCAGAUCUUGUGUGGUAAAAGGUCAUCAUGAUAGAAUAGACAGGACAGAAAUGAUCUCUUUUGAAUUGUAAUGGCUCAGAAAAUUGUUGUGUCAUUUUUUAUGCUGUUGCAGAUCUUUGACGUUUGUUGCAGAAGCAUCUGGGUAUCCUUGCAUGACAGUGAAGACUGGCUUUUUUGUGGCAGUGCAGCACAUCCUUGUAAAACAUUACAGUAUGCUAUCAGAACUAUUGCUAAUAGAAAUGACACAAUCUUAAUUGAGGGAGGAAUUGAGUAUCCUUUUAUUUACCAUUGCAACAGUACUAUCUAUGUCACAAAAAACGUAUACAUCAAAAAGCAUCCACAAAGCAAAAUGAAACCCAUCAUUACAACAAAUGAUUUUACUUACUCUGUAUUUACGUUCACAAAAGAAACAACACACCGCCUCACAUUGCAAGAAUUAAAAUUUGACAGUGCAACUGUUUUCAAUUUUACAACAUCUGGUGAUGUGUUUAUUAGCCAUUCAAUUUUCAAUUUUUCCAUUGGUCUAACAAGCAAUUCUCAACUUGCGAAUAUAUCGGCAGAAUUUCGUCACUGUGUUUUUGAGGGGUUUAGUAAUGGAGCAAUGAACAUAUAUAUAUUUUCACGUGUGACUUUAAACAUAGUUAACACAACAUUUAUUGGCAUUCCAUUAUACUCAAAUUUAUUGAUUUCUUCCAAUAAAAUGGAAUCAAGACUAGUUGUCAGAAUCGAAAAAUCUAAAUUUUUGUUUUGUUUUCUACGGGUCAUGCUAACAACACACAAUAUAUAUAGUUCACUGCUGAUAAGAGAUUCUGUUUUUAGCAACACCUCAUCAUUGAAGGUUCAACAUGUAAAUAACGUAACUGUUGUUGGUACAAACUUUACUGGUUGUAUAUAUGCAUUUUAUCUGAUCAAUGUUGCACAUGGAAGUAUUUACAACUGUAAUUUGAUCAACACUAAUGGCUUAUCAACAUGUUAUAUAGUAAUGUCAAAAAUCCACAUUGAACGUUGCUUAUUUCAAAACAACAAUGCAUCUGUAGAUGUGGAUGGAGGUGCUAUUGCAGCAAAUAGAAGUAUAGUUUCAGUUGUUGCUUCCAAAUUUGUUAAAAACACUGCACCCAUCAACGGAGGGGCAAUAAGUUUGUGUGACAGUAUGUUUAAUGCAACGAACUGUUAUUUUAAAAAUAACUUUGCGCCUUUAAAUGGUGGAACAAUUUACAAUAUAGGAAAGUCUACCCUUUCUUUAUAUCAUACACAAAUCCAUGGAUCAUCAAAGUUAUCACUCACAGGUACAGUUCUAUAUAGUCUCAGUGACACAGUUCUGCACAAUGUGACAAUAAUUGCACCAAAUGCUAAUUCUCUCAGUCCACUGAUUUAUCUAUAUUGCCUGGAUUAUACAAUAUGUAUUAAGAUCCAAUUGAAGUAUUUAUUUCAAUGUCCAGUCAAUUAUAAAGCUAUGUCAAACCGUGAAGUUAGUCAACGAGUUAACCCCAUGUACAGUUUUUUCUUAGCCUAUUGUAUUCAAUGCCCUAAAGGUUUAUUUAGUACCAAGAGUGGAUAUCAAUAUUUGCAUGCCACAAAACUUAUAGAUGUUGGGUUUGUAUGUCCCAAAUGCCCGAGUGGUGCUCUUUGUGAUGGUGGAAUUAAAAGUUCAGAUAAUUACUGGGGUUUUGUCAACAAAAAAGGAGAAUAUGCGUUUUUGCCAUGUCCAUUUUCUUAUUGUUGUUUUACAACUAAUCGUAAAUGCUCAUCUUACCAGACCUGUGCUUGGAACCGAUAUGGCGUUUUGUGUAGUAAAUGCGAACAUGGGUACACAGAGAACUUUUUGUCAUCAAAUUGCAUUCCAAGUGGCAACUGCAAACCAGUUAUUUUUUGGAUCAUUUUUACAGCGAUUUCGUUUUUGUAUGUUGUUGUGAUGAUGUACAUUAAAGAUGUGUUUUUACUGCUUGGAAGUAUAGUCUCACCUAAAAAGACACGCCUGUUACAACCAUCCCGCUCUCUAAGGUUACAGGUUAAGAUUUUUUAACAAUAAUUAUCGGGAAAUGUUUCAGAUUUAAAGUUGUGUGAGUACCUGUGUAGGAGAGAGAGAAACUAUAAGGGAGCACAAAAUGCAUAAUUUUAAAGUCUUUUCUUUUUUCAAACCAUCUGAUUUUAACUAUCGAAUUAAUUUAAAGCACGAGACUUGUACGUACUAGCUGAUAUUUUUAAUUUUAAGCUUCAACUUUUUUUUACAGUUUGAAUAAAUUUAACUUUAUUGCAUUAACAACCUGUGAAACAAGGUGUGUAGGUGUGGUGUUGGUACGGCAAAAGAGGGUAGGUACUGUCCAGAUGUAAUCCGUUUUUUUUUGUGGAUAUAGCAAUUGUUGUAAAUGUAUAUAUGUAUAUUAGGAGGGAGAACAGUUUUUAAUUGCAGUGAGUAAAUAGUUUUUUAUUUAUUUUUGUAAUAUUUUUUUCAUUAAAAGACGUUUAGUAUUUUUAUAUAAAAGUGUUUUUAUUAUUUGUACUGAAAUGUAAUUUUAGUUUUGCUACGACUAUUAUUCAAAACAAAUUGGCAAUCUUAAAUUUUUUUA